AUGGACUGCGAAAAAAUUAAAAACCUCAAUGUAAUCGUCAUCGACAUUAGGGCCAGCACUGAAGAACACUCUAAAGGCAAUACAAACUGUCUUUACUUGCUCGACAGGUCACUUCAGUCCUAUGGAUUUUGGCGAAAAUUCUUUGAUUUACAUAUUUGUCUACAAGUAUUUGUAUGUUUAACGUUGAUACUUAAAGAAUAG